CUCUCUCUCUCUCUCUCUCUCUGGAUUCAGAGGCGCUCAUUGCGCUGUAUGAGAGUCGCUUCGUUCCUCGACAAGCAUUAAGGAUAUUUAUUGAGCUGCAGUUGUAGUACUACAUUUGGAUGUUUCUGGCCAUUUCCGAAACAUUUCUGACGUUGUAUAUUUUUUUUGUAUAUAUAUAUAUAUAUAUUUUUUUUUUAAUAUUUGUUCUGUUUUAUAAUGCGAAUGAUGGAUUGAUUGUUGGAUUUUACACAUCGUGAACGGGAUUUUUCUGCGAUGAUUUGUCGAGGAAACACAAUGCUGGUAAUGAGACACAAUCUUGAGGAGUGAAGAGAGUGAGCACACUUCACUAAUGAGAAUCAAAUCAAAGGGGAAAAAAAUGAAGGAAUGAUUUGAAUGAGCGACCGAUACAUCUGCCAAACACGAUCACACUCAAGAAUGCGUAUUAAAUACACAGUUUCUGUCAUCUUUAUCGUGGCUCUGGUCAUCAUAGAAAAGGAAAACAACAUUAUUUCAAAGGUGUCUGAUAAACUGACCCUAAAGCUGACCCCUCUGACCCCUGUGCUGCUGCCCAGCGCAUCUGUGUUCACCUUUCAGGAGCACAAUGUGUCGGUGUCCAUCUUCAGUCAGACGGACAUGUCGCCCUACGAACACGUGAAACCUCAUCUGAAGAACUUCAAUCAGUUCAGCUGGGAAAGUGUGUCCCCCACGUCUACCUCAGGAGGAUGUAAACACAUCCUGCUAUUAGCUACGACUCGCACCGGUUCCUCGUUUGUGGGCGAAUUUUUUAACCAGCAGGGAUCAAAUAUGUUUUACCUGUUUGAGCCGCUGUGGCACGUGGAACGCAUGUUAACGGUGGAGACGGGAGGGACGAAUGCUUCAGUGGCGGGGCCGGCAUAUCGUGACGUUCUGCGUCAGCUGUUCCUCUGCGACUUUUCCCUGCUCGAGCGCUUCAUCGAACCACCACCGCAGCAGCAUGUCACCACCUCGCUCUUCCGACGCGAAUCUAGCCUAUCACUUUGCGAAGAUCCAGUCUGCACGCCGUUUGUUAAAAAAGUAUUUGAGCGCUACCACUGUCGCAUGCGCCGCUGUGGACCGCUCAACCUGACACUUGCAUCUCAGUCCUGUGCACAGAAGCAGCAUCGCACGAUCAAGUCCGUCCGUGUGCGGCAGUUAGAGACGCUGCGGCCAUUGGCUGAAGACCCCCGACUGGACAUGAAGUUCAUCCAGCUGGUCAGAGAUCCUCGUGCCGUGCUCGCCUCGCGUAUGGUCGCCUUUUCUAGCAAGUACAAGAACUGGAAGAGGUGGGCCAUGGACGGAGAUGUUCCAAUGGAGGAUGACGAAGUGAGGAAGCUCAGAGGAAACUGCGAUAACAUACGCAUGUCAGCUGAGAUCGGACUGAAGCAGCCGCCGUGGCUUCGAGGGCGCUACAUGCUAGUACGCUAUGAGGACAUAGCCCGAUUUCCCAUGCGCAAAGCUGCAGAGAUGUAUGAAUUCACAGGCAUUCCCUUCACCGCGAAGGUGGAAAAGUGGAUCUUAAAAAAUACUCAGGCAUCAAAGGAAGUGAGCGGAGUUUAUUCCACUCAGAAAAACUCCUCUGAACAGGUGGAGAAAUGGAGGUUUAGCAUUCCCUUCAAACUGGUUCAGUUGGUGGAAAAAGUUUGUGGUCCCACCAUGACUCUGUUUGGAUACAAGUUUGCAGUGAAUGAAAAGAUGUUGACUGAUAAAUCAAUAAGUUUGAUUGAAGAGAAAACAUUUUUAUGAUUAUACACAGACUUUAUGAAAAAGAAUACAUUUACAUUUUGAAAGAAUGCUGAGAUUUAUUACGUGAAUGUGUGUGUGUGUGAGUGUGUGUGUGUGUGAGAGUGUGUGUGUGAGAGAGAGUGUGUUUGUGAGACUGUGUGAGAGUGUGUGUGUGUGUGUGAGAGCGUGUGUGAGUGU